AUGUCCCAAGAAGGUGAUCUCACAUGUAAGAAAUGUGAUGCACCACUAAUACUAGAUGAUAGUCUCAAAAAGGUGAAUUUAACCCAAUUAUCCCGACUUGUGAGUAAACGACAACACGAACAACAGUCACAAGCUUUAGAUAUAAUAAACGAGCUAAACCCUCAAGAUUAUAUCCCACAAGAUAGAUUGGAACUUUAUGAAUAUGUGAAUAUGAAAAACAACAUUGAGCCUAUUCAAUAUCGAAAUUAUCUCGAAAGUGAAGACGAGGAAGAAGAAGAGGAGGAGGAGGAGGAGGAGGAUGACGAUGAUGAGCAAGCAUACACACAUAAUGACGGAGGAGAAGAAGUUAUUGAAAGAGAUGAAGUAAAUAAGCAAGAAGGAGAAGAACGAGAGAUAAGAAUAUCAAGCAGGAUAAAGAACUUGACCAAGAUAUUCGAAAUAUUGUCUAACAAUCAAGAUAUCGACCACCCACUUUCUGAAGAUUGUGCAAACUUGCUUAUUGAAAACUAUAAACUAAAGUUUGAUCAAAGUCAAAAGGAAAAAGACAGUUACUUGUCUUUCUUGCGGAAAUUGAAGGAUAAAGAUAAUCAGUUGAAGUUGUUUGAAGAAGGCGAAAGAAAGAUAAACCCCGAGUUAUUUCGUGAAGAUUUGGAUAAGAAGUUGAAAGAGUCUAUUGAAGAAUUUCAACGAUUGACAACAUUAGAAGAAACAAGCUUGCAAGAAUUAAAAGGCUUAGAGAAAACCAAAGAGGAUUUAGAAACAGAGUUAAAGCAAUAUACAAAAGAACUAGAAGAAAUUGAAACUAAGAAGUUAAAUGAGAUACUUCAAUUAAAGAAUAAAUUACAAUUGGAAUUAAAGGAAAAGGAGAACAAACUUGAACAGUCUAAAGCAGCAUAUCAUGUUCAUCUUGAUCAUAUUGACAAGUUAAGGAAUUUGAAUAUAUACACAAAAAUAUUCAACAUUAGUACUGAUAAAGACAACAAGUAUGGCGUGAUUAAUGGGUUUAGAAUUGGAUAUAAAGUUAUUCGGUCAGAAAUAAAUGCAGCUUUAGGUCAAAUAGUGUUACUUUUGGUAUUUUUGAUAAAAAGAUUGAAUUUGAAGUUGGACAACUAUAAACUAGUACCAAUGGGAUCCCAAUCACAAAUAGUUAAAUUUAAUGUGACCAACGAAGCUGAUGGUGAAGCAGUUGACAACAGUGGUAGUCAACCAACCAAAUCCAAAACUGUACUAAAUUUGUAUUCUACAGAUGAGUUUUCACUUGGAAAGUUGUUCAAUUUCAAUAAAUUGGAUGUAGCCAUGAUUUCAUUACUUGAUAUAGUUUCUCAGAUUGAAACUAAACUAAUGCUGCUUGAUCCUGAGAUCGAGUUGCCAUACAAGAUCUCUUCACAUAAGGAUGCUAUUGGAGGUAAAAGUAUUAGAGUAACUUCAAAUGCCGAAUGGACACAAAGUUGUAAAUUCUUGCUUACUAAUCUUAAUUGGAUGUUAUCGUUUAUAAGUGGGCAUACCUCUAGUGAAUAA